AUGUCUCGGCAAGCAUUUUACGAUGAUGUACUGAGGAAAGGAAUUGGGAGAAGGGCUGGACCAAAACUAAAUAUUUCACUGAUUGCCGCUUUCGAGUCCAAUGAACAAAUUGAAGUGACCAUCACGUCAACAGGGAAGUACGGUGACACCGUUCAUUGCCGCUACUUCAAUGAAUCUAAGUGUGAACUUCGUCCAGGAAUGAAGAGCGUUGUUUUCCCCGAGUUCACCGUUCAGUGUCCACGGCGAGAUGGCGCAAAGUACAUGUCGCUCUCCGAUACAUUCUCUGGAGAGUUCGAGUUCCCUGUGCCUAUCACUGAUCGUACUCGAAACGAAGCAACACACUUCUUCUCGGUUUGCCUAUCUCCACUAUAUGGUACGGAGCCGAAAUGGUUGUUAUUGGCAGAAUUUUUCGAACAUUACAAGUUGCAGGGAGCUUCACACUUUUUCGUCUAUGUGAUAAACGUGGAUGAGUACAGUAACAUCCUGUUGCAUGAUUAUGUUCGAACUGGUGAAGUAGAGCUUAUUUACUUGCACGACAGAUCCACAAGGACUGAUAAUUGGUGGCAUAUUGUUCAGAUUCAGGAUUGCCUGAUCCGCUCUCGUGGUUACUCAAGCUGGGUAGCAUUCGUUGAUCUGGAUGAAAGGUUAUUACCCACCGAAUAUACAGGAACGCUAAGAACUUUGUCAAAUCCCAAAAUUGGAGCCCUUCAAUUCCGACAGCGAUGGAUCCUCAGGAAUGACACCUUACCAGAUAAAUACGUGGACAGAGAACAGGUAACCUUCAAAAAAUUCGAUAACCGGUACUACCGCUAUUUGUAA